AUGGCGUCGCCGUCGCAGCCUGUCCCACCAUUGCGCAUUCAGAAAGGGCCAUCAUUGUCGCCCACAAAGCUUCCACGACCUCUAUCUGAGUUAGGGCCAACGGAGAUGCGAAGGAACUCACCUAGCUUCCCGCAGCCAUCGAAGAAGACACAGCUCAACAUGGACUCGUCCCCAUUCCAGACUUCCCCCUUCAAUCCAUCCGCCGACUCGUCACCACGACUGUUUUGGCAAGGCCGCGAUCCCGCCACCCCUAGCCGCUUUAGAUCAGAAAACGAUUUGUAUGGAGGAAGAGAAUCUUCGCCCUCGCCGACUCGACGAUCCUCGAUUGAGCGACUGCAGAAAGCAUCGCGCGUCAAGAAUAGCAACAUGUUUGCGCGUGAACAGAAGCAGGAAUACGACCCCGCCUCAGUACCUACGAUUGAACGACCCUUGGCGAAACAACUGCAAGGAAAUGCAUAUGGUGGGACUGGACUGGAAGGGCUGCGAUCUGCUGAGCGUGCUGGAAACUUUGGACACAAAAGGAGCGAGAGCCAAUCGAGCGUGCCUCUAUACAACCCCACGCGAUCACCAUUGAAGAUAACAGGAGUAAAUGGUUUUCGUUCGCCCAGUAAGGACCAAAUAUCACCAACGAAAUCAUCACUCUCUGGGAGCAAAUUCAACGGCAAGUCGAGCUUUGAUUCAGAGAACGGUGUUUGGUCUGCUGAAGAUUCGAGUGACGAGAAAAGCCUUCCGCCAGGGCGCAUACUCCACCGACACGCAAAGAGUGUUACGUUUGAUCAGGCGCCUCCUCAGAUCAAUGAGUACGAGAUGGUAACACCCGAUAUCUCUUCGAUCGGCACAGGAUCUCGUGAAAACAGUUAUGAUUCUGGGGAGGAGGACGAAUCCGAGCUCUAUCCUAUGGAACACUCCCUUGAGCCGGAUGAUAGCUUUGACGCGUCUCUCGAGGAUACAGAUAAAACCCCUGUCGUUGGUCCUGAGGACUGGAGACAUACUAGCCCGGAAAAUCACCGCAACGGGAUCAUGUCUGGUCGGUUUGACGACCCCUUCGAUGGCCCAGAGGGUAGUCCAAUGCCAGAUGCCCGCCCAUCUUCCUCCAUGGGCCGUCCAGCUGCAGUACGUAAUGAUUCUCUGAACUCAAACGGAGAACACCGACCAUUGCCUCCUCUUCCUGGCAUGAAUUCCCGUGGCCGUAGUGGAUCUGCUUCGUCAAACGGUCAAUCUGCCGCUGCUGAACGCGCAACACAGCGUGGUCUUCCAUCACCGCCCCCACCAGCUUCGUUCAGCAAGUCGGAGAUUCAGAGCAUGAACGGUGGCAAAUUGACAUUAGAAGAGCGUCUUCAAUUGAUGAUGAUCCAAGACGAUGAGAGCAAGCCGAAGACCGCUGCUGAAUUGCAACGAGAGCGGCGGCUGCGACGAGGAGGUCCUCGUGAACGCAACAGCCAGACGCCAGAGCCAGAACGAGAGCGUUCGCAAUCAGUCCCAAUCCAUGAAGACGAAGACACUGUCGAUGACCUACCAGAUCUAGGCUCCUACCAGCUCCCUCCACGGAUAUCAAGAGAAUCCAUCAUGCGCAAAGUACAUGGCCAGGAUGCAUUCUCUCGUGAUUCAGACUACAAUUUCUCUUCACCAAUGCCUAGUUCCAGCCCCGAGCGCCCAACUGCUCUAGAUCCUGACACUCCACUUCCUACUACAGAAGACUCUGCAAUUAUGGAUAACGAUGUCGAUAAUAACGCAGACGACAGUGUCAUCAUCAAGCCAGAACCAGAGGAGGAUGAUGAUGAUGUUGAUGUGUACGCCAUCCCUGAAAUGUACCAGCCAACAGAAUCACAAAUGAGCCAGUACAGCGAUGAACAGGAUAUCCCUGGUGAGGACGACGCUGAAAGUCACUACUCUGAUCCUUCAGCUUCUACUGAGUGCCCUCAAUCUCAUUCAAAUAGCGGUCCUGACGAUGAUGGACCUCCAACUCCACGUGCUUUGACACCAACCAAGGAAAUUGAAUUUCAAGAUCCAGUGAAAGAGAGCAGAACGAGCUCAUUACCAGAAUUUGAAGGUUUCUUGGGAAAAAGUACCGAUUUUGGAUUAAGUCUUGCAUCUUACAUGGACCAGCCACCUUCUCCCCCACCAAAAGACGAGCCUCUUUCGUCCAUUGCUAAGACUGAUCAAGCUCCUAUCUCCCCACAAGACGAACGACCGUCCGAGGCACCAAGCAUGUCACAAGCCCAUGAGUACCUUCGAAGGCCUGAGACGCCCGAACAGCGACAAUUUCCUACCUCGAAACCUGAGUAUGAUGGGUCUGGUUGGGGCCCUGAGGAGGACGAGGAAUAUGAGUCUGGAACACCCGAUUCUGUCAUUCGUCAUCCAAUUGACGAAGAACAAUUUCCACCUCGCGAAUCACCAGCAAUCCCAGAACAGGUGGCUACUAUCAAAUCUACAGUUGGCUCGAAGCUCAAGACACGUCCAUCGGCAACACCCUCAGACCUCCAAGCAAUGCGAGAAAUGAGACGGAUUGUCAGCAGUGAACUACCUAAUAUCCCGGCUAUCCCACAACGUCAUCGCGAUCGGCCCUCUCCAGCUCCAGAAGACGGUUACACUAGCGCUGGAGAGAUGGUGGAAAGACACCCCAGCUUUAAGAAGAAGUCUUUGACGCUAGACAUCGGUGCUGAUUUGGGACUGAGUCUUGACAAAGAUUUCGAUAGGGUGAUCGAAGCUCAAAAGGUUGCUUACACCUCAUCUCUUUCAGACGCAACUUGCACAUCCAACGAGACCGGACAAGCGUCCGGUUCCAAUGCUACCAUACCUCAUGAAUUUUAUGCUAAUAUUACUCCUCGUAAACAGCGCGGAUAUCUUAUGAGACAAAACACGAAACUUGUCGUGGCUAGCAGCGACCACCACUCGAGCGAUGAUCAUCGCGGUAGUCGGUCGGCGGGUAACUCGCCUGUGAAGAAAGAACGGCCUCAAUCAUGGACCGUGGAGCCCUGGAAUGGUCAGUAUCGCAAAAACAGCAAAUCUAUUCCAAGGAAGAAGCCUGCACCAGGUCCUGUACCGCCAAUGCCUGGUCAAGAGAGCAACGCAAUAGGUUUGGGAAUGGUAACCGAGGAGCCAUCCCUUGAUGUCUCGUCAGAAGAGGUUGGAGAGAGAGGUAGGCUUUUCGUGAAGGUCAUUGGUGUCAAAGAUCUGGAUCUUCCAUUACCCAAGAAUGAACAAACCUGGUUCAGCCUAACACUCGACAACGGUGUUCACUGUGUAACAACAGCAUGGCUAGAGCUUGGAAGAAAUGCCCCAAUAGGUCAAGAGUUCGAGCUUGUUGUUCCAAAUGAACUAGAGUUUCAACUCACCCUCAAUGCCAAGCUGGUCAAGCCUCCUCCAACCAGGGUCACGGAAUCUCCCACGAAGAGUCAAAAGGUCUCUAAACCGUCCACCUUUAGCCGCGUCUUUGCUUCACCGAAAAAGCGAAAGGAACUGGAAAUGAGACAAAAAGAGGAAGAAAAACGAAUUGCCGAGCACCAUCAACAGGAAGCUCAAGCAAAGAGACUAUCAGCUCAACCAACCGCAUGGGAUCUGCUUUCGCCGCUUGCCGCGGAAGAUGGUAGCUUCGGACGAUCGUACGUGUGCCUCAAAGACCACGAGACCCGUUGCUUUGGUCGACCAUACAUCGUUGAUGUCGCGUGUUUCAAUGAAUGGGCUACCGAGGAAGCUACUCACUCGUCAAGUGUCAAGAGCAAACGUGGUACUACUAAUGUUCAGCGACGAGCACCUUACAAGGUUGGCAAGUUGGAGUUGCAACUUCUUUUUGUACCAAAACCAAAGGGUGCUACAGAUGAUGACAUGCCCAAAAGCAUGAAUUCCUGUAUUCGUGAAAUGAAAGAAGCCGAAGUUGCUACCGCAAGGAAUUGGGAAGGUCCUCUAAGCCAACAGGGUGGCGACUGUCCGUACUGGCGUCGACGAUACUUCAAAUUGGUCGGCAGCAAGCUGACUGCAUAUCACGAGACAACUCGCCAGCCUCGUGCAACCAUCAAUCUUGCGAAUGCAAGCAAGCUGAUCGAUGAUCGUCGAGCUCUUACACAAAAAGAGACCAGCGGCAAAGGUGGCAAGCGCCGCAAGUCAGGAUUCGCUGAAGAAGAAGAAGGCUACAUGUUUGUUGAAGAGGGUUUCCGAAUCAGAUUUAACAAUGGCGAAGUCAUCGAUUUCUACGCCGAUACAGCCGCUGAUAAAGAGGGCUGGAUGAAAGUUCUCGAUGCUUGUGUCGGCAAAGAAGGGGACGCGAAAAGCAAAUGGUGUGACCUUGUCCUCAAGCGCGAGGACAGUCUCAAGAGGAAGACAGAGCUUGGCCCCAGCCGGAAAGAACAACGACAUCACUCGAGAACCAAGAGCAUGAUCGUAUAG